CACAAACCCCGUCGUAUUCCUUUCCACAUGCGGCAAAAGGUCUCAGAUGCGCUCGACACGUUAGAAAGUGAUGGAAUUAUUGAAAAAGUAUCAGAUGCCACUCCUUGGGUCAGUCCAUUAGUUGUUAUCCCAAAGAAAGAUGGUGAGAUCAGGCUAUGCAUUGAUAUGCGCAUGGCUAAUCAGGCAAUUCAACGCGAAAGACAUCCGACCCCAACUGUGGAUGAUUUAAUUCACAAAUUAAUCGGCGCCACCAUAUUUACAAAGCUUGAUCUUUGCUCGGGAUACCACCAGUUAUCUCUCGCUGAGGAAAGUCGACACAUAACCACAUUUGUAACGCACAAAGGACUCUACCGCUAUAAGAAGUUGAAUUUUGGCACCAAUUCGGCAAGUGAAAUCUUCCAACAUGUAAUUAGCGAACAAAUCCGUGACAUUCCGAAUGCCAUCAACAUUAGUGAUGACAUAAUUAUCUUUGGCAUAACACAAGCUGAGCAUGACAAAGCUCUUCAUAGAAUUUUUUGAGCGGUUUUCACUCAUUGGAUUAACCUUCAACAAAGACAAAUGUGAGUUGAGUCAAUCGCAGCUCACAUUUUUUGGUUUUGUCUUCUCAGGUGAUGGCAUUUCACCGGAUCCAGCAAAGGUUUCAGCAAUUCACAACUGCCCAUCUCCAAAUUCAAUUAAAGCUGUUCGGAGUUUCCUUGGGAUGGUGACAUAUUGUGCUAAAUUUAUCCCUAACUUCAGUGAUCUCACAAAGCCUUUGCGAGAAUUAACGAGAAAAAAUGUGCCUUUUUGCUGGACAUCUAGGCAUGCUAAAUCCUUCAACGCAGUAAAAGCUGCCCUCACAAGUGCAACAGUUAUGGCAUAUUUUGAUCAAACCAAGGAAACAGAACUUAUCACUGAUGCAUCACCUUUUGGUCUCGCAGCUAUUCUCACACAGAAAGUCCCAGGAUCAGACCAACGAAAUGUUGUUGCAUAUAUCAGUCGUUCGCUGUCGGAUGUUGAGAGACGAUACUGUCAAACAGAGCGAGAAGCUCUUGCAAUUGUGUGGGCAAUUGAACGCGUUUACAUAUCUAUCUAUACGGAGGACAUUUUACUCUGA